UAAAUUGAUCCUGGUAGAUGUCUUUGAAAAUCUUUCCGAUUUUUCCCGUUGCCAUCGUCUGUCUUUUAUUGUGAUAUUUUCAAUUGCACGACUUGUUUAGAAUCACUGAACACUCUCGUGCUUCUCGCCUGGGAUGUAUAUCUGUUUUAUUCUAACACAGCAAUGCGAUCGUCUAUCUCUGUCAAGUAUAUUUGACGCACAUGUGAUGGCGCACUAAUCAAUAAAUAGCGCAUUUUAAAAAUAUAAUUCUAUUAUAAUUACAAAACAAUGUAUCCGCUCUCGGCAAAUAUGAAAUAAUUUAAAAAAUUGACAUAAAUGGGAAUGAGUUGAUUUCGAGAAAACUUUCAAGCUGGUGUGUAUUCGAUUGCCUGUAAACUGCCUUUACCGAAUGGUUUGUGACAAGUGGAACAAAAGCAUAUUUCACAAAUUAGUCAUCGACGACAUAUAAUGUUGAAUGAUAGUUGAUUGAUUAUGUUUUGUGAUAACUAAAGCUUUCACGAUUGAUACAUUUGUGUAGAUAUUGUGUGAAAUACAGGGUGCAAGGAUGGGUGCAGGAAAGAGUCAGUUUACUGAAGAGGAGCUGCAAGAUUAUCAAGAUUUAACAUACUUUACAAAAAAGGAAGUCUUGUACGCACAUCAGAAAUUCAAGGCACUCGCACCAGAAAAAGUUGGGCACAACAGAAAUGCUAAGCUCCCGAUGUCCAAAAUUUUACAAUAUCCCGAAUUGAGAGUGAAUCCUUUUGGAGAUAGAAUCUGUAAGGUUUUUAGCUCUAGUCAGGAUGGCGAUUGCACCUUUGAAGAUUUUUUGGACAUGAUGUCUGUGUUCAGUGACGCUGCCCCAAAGGCUGUGAAAGCUGAACAUGCGUUUAGAAUAUUUGAUUUUGAUGGGGAUGACAUGCUUGGCGUGGGAGAUCUAAGACAAGUAGUUGAUAGAUUAACUGCACCCCAGAGAUUGAAUGACAGCGACAUACAGCAGCUUCUUCAGUACAUUCUUGAUGAAGCUGAUCUAGAUGAUGACGGUGCUCUAAGCUUCGCAGAAUUCGAACAUAUUAUAGAGAAGAGCAGUGACUUUUCCAAGAGUUUUCGUAUUCGUUUAUAAAAGUAUGACGGGGAUUAUUGAUGGGCAGUUAACGAAAGACUGAAUAUUGAUUUAUAUUUAAUCAUUUUAAUAGAUAUGGAUCUAAUUCAUAUCUUACAGGGUGAAAGAACAUUAACAAUUGCAGAAUGUGCCAAGGCUCUAAAGUGAGGCCUAAACCAAAAUGACACCAAUAACAAUCUAAUUUAUUUGUUACCGAGCUCAUUUAUUUAAAAUUCUUUAAUAGAAGAAGCAAACGUAACUGCGAAUAUAGAUCUCUUUAUUCACAUAUAUAAAAUUUUGUCACACACACCAUAUAAUGGUAUUAAUGCACACAUAAUGUUCUGAUGUAUAGGAAAAGGCAAGUCUAUUCUUGACCAGGUACAUUUUUGUUUUUUUUUUAAAUUAUUAAAUAUUUUAAAAAUUUUACGGAAUUUGUCUUUAUUUUGUAUAAUAAAAUUAAAUAAAUGUGCAAUGAAGUUAUGGUGUCAAGUAUAUUGCUUCAAAACAGAAAAUUCGUUUUUUGCAUAUGCACACACACAUAUAUACUCUUUUGAAGAUAUUUAUAAUAUA